UGAUGUUUACGUUUUGUACUCAUUUGUUGCUUUCUUUGCUAGCGGUUUCUAGGAAAGAUCUGCAGUCAACUAAGCUGAAUUUAAUUACAUAUUUUUUCAAUCAUUAAAACAAGUGAAAAUUUCCGAAGUCGAUUUCUACGAAUAAAAGCGAAAAUGUGAACGAAAAACAGAUGCAGUUUUUCCAACUUCAAAGAUGUGUAAUUAGGAAAAUAGGUCUCAACCAGUCGUAUUUUCACCUGUCUUCUUUAAAUAUGCCGAAGAAGAAGACUCCUUCAGGACCAAAAAAAGGUGUUCAGGAAACUGCACCUGCUUCGGGAAGUGGAGCUGUUUAUUCAAGUAAUAAGAAUGAAAUUAUAAUUAAGGUUCAUGCUAAACCAGGUUCCAAAAUCAGUGCUAUUACUAGUGUUGACUGUGAUGCUGUUGGUGUACAAAUUGGAGCCCCAGCUGUUGAUGGAGAAGCAAAUAAAGAGCUGGUUAGAUAUUUAGGUGAAGUUCUAAAUUUGAAGAAGAGCCAGUUAUGCCUAGCCAAAUUUUCCAAAUCAAGGGAAAAAACAGUUGUGAUUACUGACUCAGAUAUGCCAUCUAGUUCUGUUUUGGAUAUCUUAACUAAGGCUUGUGAAAAACAGUAGGAGAUCAAUUGAAAAGUUUUCUUGUGCUUCUUUUUCCCUUCUAAUAAGAACUUUGAUACCGUAAUUGGAAGAAAAGAAGAAAAUAUCACGCAGGAAAAAAUGAAACAAACGUCAGGAAACAGGAAGGAUCCAUUUCCUGUUGAAAUUCUUUCGCUGAAAACUGCAAAGCUGUUAGAAUUCUUGAAAAGGGAACACAUGAGAGAAUACUUCCAGGUGU